CUUGCAUGCCUUUGAGGUCGUCAGAGCGCAGCACCCUUUCACCACCUUGUUACGCAAACAUGGGUGCUAUGUGACCAUGCUUCCGGGGAGUCUAUGAUGUUUUUUCAUCAUCAUGGCCAUACCAGAGGCCGAGCCUCUAGAAGCCCCGGCGCCUGGCCAGCCCGGCCCGGAGGCCAAGAGGUCCGCGUCGUCACCAGAUGACCACGGCGUCGACGUCGCUCUGGGCAACAGACGCCACGGGGCGGCGUCGUGCUGCAGCGGGCUGUGGCGCGCCGCUCGCUGCGUCACCGUGGAGCCCGUCCUCUUCUCCUACAUGUUCGCCUUCAUGCUCACGUCCGUCGUGGAGCAGGACUUCUACGUCGACCGGGCCUGCCGAGCACACCUCAACCUGUCCGACUACGUGUGCAGCCACAUCAGGGACAAGGGGAACGAGGACGACCUGAGCCGAGUGCAGAUUGAGGUGGCGUCCUUCUACCAGUACAACGGCAUCGCGUCCAACGCGGUGCCCUUCAUCCUCGCUCUGUUCCUGGGCUCCUGGAGCGACCGCCGCGGCCGGAAGCUGCUGCUGCUGCUGGGGCUGGCCGGACAGAUCUACUACUUCGCCAUGCUCACGCUGGUGUCCACGCAAGUAACGUGGCGCCUGGAGACGGUGCUGGCGCUGGCCAGCUUCCCCGCCGCCCUGACGGGCAGCAACCUGGCCAUCUUCGCGUCCACCUUCAGCUACAUGGCGGACAUCUCGUCCACGGCGGACCGCACGCUUCGCAUCGCCAUCCUGGACGGGUCGUACCUCGCCUCCAUGCCCACGGGCAUUGCUCUUGGCUCAUAUCUUUUCAGAUCUGUUGUGAACAGAUCCUUCACUAUUAUGUUCAUAAUUAACACUGUCAUUAUGACAUGUACGUUCCUCUACAGUCUCGUAAGACUCAAGUGGCAAACAGCUGAUUCUCAAAAACCACUAAAGGGUGUUAACAUUUGCACGGAUUUCUUUGAUUGGAAACAUGUUGUGGACUCUCUUAGAGCAGUAGUCAGACCGCGAGCAAAUCAUGGCCGCCUCUAUCUCCUUCUUAUCAUCCUUUCAAUGGGACUAUAUACCUUCCAGCGCAAUGAACGCCAAAUGUCAUUUUUAUACACCCAAAAACAAUUCAAAUGGAGUGUAAGUGAAUUUAGUGACUUUCGCACUUUUCAAACUGCCACUUAUGCUGUUGUAACUCUUUUGGGAGCACCAUUAUUGACCAAACUGUGCGGUCUGAAAGAUUCAGUAAUAGUGCUGAUAGGAGCUCCAGCUCAUGCCAUAGCAAGAGUAAUAUUUGCUUUAGCCGAAGUUCCUUGGCUUUUCUACUUUGGUGCUGGGGUAUCAUCACUUGGUCCCACUGUAGCACCUGUGCUGCGAUCUAUGACUUCAAAAGUGGUAUCUUUUGAGGAAAGAGGUAAAGUGUUUGCCAUCCUUGCGGUGGCUGAUAGUGCAGUUCCCCUAGUGUCAAGCGUCAUAUAUACUCAAGUGUACCAUGCUACAUUGAAUUCAUACCCAGCUGCAAUUUACUGGGUUACAGUAGCCUCACAGGGUCUUGUUUUCAUCUUCAUUUUGAUUGUUCAUUUUUCUAUGAAGAAGACAUUUUCGUCAGAUAUCCAAGCAUUAGAUGCCGAAGGAAAGUGAUAUGUUACUCCUAGGCUGUGUUAUUCCUGUUGUUUAAAUUUGUACUUAAUGAUUUACUUUGAUAGCCCAUCCAUUUUCAACUGUUGUCUUUUAAGUUAUAAAUAGUCAUCAUGACUCCUCAUUUAUUGUUUUGAACAUUCCCUCUCUUCACUAUUGCUAUCAUUAUUUCUAGUUUUAAAAUGUUUUUAUCACGGAAUCGAGUACUAUUGAAAUUCCAAUACAUGUGUAUAUGUUUUACAACAAAAAAUCUCUUUUUGAAAUAUUUUGCAUGGCUGUAUUGUUCAUUUAUUGAAGUAAAGUUCGUUUGAACACCGUCA